CGCCGCUGCCGCCGGGCUCGCGAGCGCAGGUGGCGGGCGCGCGGGCGCCUCCUCGGGGGCGCGCGGCCCGGCGUCGGUCCUCCCCCACCACCCGCACCCAGCGGCUCCGGGAGCCCGGGGAGGGCGAGCGCGGGCGGGCGGGCGGGGGGAGCCCGAGCCCGGCGCCGCGGCCGCCGAGGCUUCCGUCUCUCCGGCUCGCGCAGCGGCGGCAGCAGAGGUCGCGCACAGAUGCGGGUGCGCCCGGCGCGGGGAGGAGGCGGAGGAGGGAAGGAAGCCGCCUGCAUGAGACCCACAGACUCCUGCCAGCCGCAUGCCCGGUGUGGAUGAAAGAUGUAUUAUGGAAUGAACCCGAGCUAUGGAGACGGAUUUCUAGAGCAGCAGCAGCAGCCUCAGUCCCCCCAGAGACUCUUGGCCGUGAUUCUGUGGUUCCAGCUGGCCCUGUGCUUCGGCCCUGCACAGCUCACGGGCGGCUUCGAUGACCUCCAGGUGUGCGCUGACCCCGGCGUCCCCGAGAAUGGCUUCAGGACGCCCAGCGGAGGGGUUUUCUUCGAAGGCUCCGUCUCCCGCUAUCAUUGCCAGGACGGAUUCAAGCUGAAGGGCUCUACGAAGAGACUGUGUGUUAAGCAUCUCAAUGGGACCCUGGGGUGGAUCCCGAGUGAUAGAUCCAUCUGUGUGCAAGAAGACUGCCGCAUCCCUUUCGUCGAAGAUGCGGAGAUCCAGAACAGGACCUACAGACACGGAGACAAGCUGAACAUCACCUGCCACGAGGGGUUCAAGAUCCGGUACCCCGACCUGUACAACCUGGCUUCCUUAUGUCGCGACGACGGGACGUGGGACAACCUGCCCAUCUGUCAAGGCUGCCUGAGGCCGCUGGCCUCUUCCAACGGCUAUGUGAACAUCUCCGAGUUCCAGACCUCCUUCCCGGUGGGCACGGUCAUUGCCUACCGCUGCUUCCCCGGGUUCAAGCUCGAGGGGUCGGAAUAUCUCGAGUGCUUACACAACCUUAUCUGGUCGUCCAGCCCACCGCGGUGCCUUGCUCUGGAAGCCCAAGUCUGCCCGCUACCUCCGAUGGUGAGCCACGGCGACUUCGUCUGCCACCCGCGGCCUUGCGAUCGCUACAACCACGGGACCGUGGUGGAGUUCUACUGCGACCCCGGCUAUAGCCUCACCAGUGACUACAAGUACAUCACCUGCCAGUACGGGGAGUGGUUUCCCUCCUAUCAAGUCUACUGCAUCAAGUCAGAGCAAACGUGGCCCAACACCCACGAGACGCUCCUGACCACGUGGAAGAUCGUGGCGUUCACGGCGACCAGCGUGCUGCUGGUGCUGCUGCUCGUCAUCCUGGCCAGGAUGUUCCAGACCAAGUUCAAGGCCCACUUCCCCCCCAGGGGGCCCCCCAGGAGUUCCAGCAGCGACCCCGACUUCGUGGUGGUGGACGGUGUGCCCGUGAUGCUUCCGUCGUACGAUGAGGCCGUGAGCGGCGGCUUGAGUGCCUUAGUCCCCGGGUACCUGGCCCCUGGGGGCCAGGGCUGCCCCUUGCCCGUGGAUGACCAGAGCCCCCCGGCCUACCCCGGCUCCGGGGACACGGACACCGGCCCCGGGGAGUCAGAAACCUGUGACAGCGUCUCGGGCUCCUCCGAGCUGCUCCCGAGCCUGUACCCAUCCCCCACGUGCCCAGGGGGCGCCCGCCCCGCUUCCGACAACAACCCUGGCACCGCGGCCAGCGCGGCGGGGGAGGUGGCAUCCACCAGCCCGGGCAUCGACAUCGCAGACGAGAUCCCGCUCAUGGAAGAGGACCCGUAGCCUGGAAGGACCUCCCAGGCCCAGUGCUCCGGCUGCCCCUUUGGGAACGGAACCAGGUCCCGUGGAGGGAACCACAGAAGGACAGAGCGUGGGGUGGGGGCGCGUUCUCCUCUGUCUUCGACUCCCGUCGUAUGUCACAGACUCAGCCGGGGGUUGUCGGACACGGACCCACGACGGCGGCAGACCUUUGACCUGGGGCCUGCGGGUUUGCCAAGACCGCGGGGGAACCGAGGGAUGAGGGGAGCCCCCCGCCCCCGUGUGUGUGCUGGGGAACAGGACGCAGUCCACGCCCGGGCCACCGGACCCCGCGUCCCACCGACGUACGUCACGCGUGCCACCUGCGUCCCCCGAAAGCAUGUCAUAUUGUGUAAAUCCGCUUCCACAUCUGCUUCCAGCCCUCCCUGGAUCCCCCGUGAGGCUGAUGGGCCUCAAGGGGAAGCCUGGGUCGGACUGCGGGAAGAGCAGCAGCGCGCCGCCCCCUGGAGGCGCCCGACGGGAAGGUACCCCGACGGCUCCCCGACCAUCUUCCUGGAUCUGGGGGUUUCUACUCAACAAGACGAAAGCCGGAUGUGGCAGACCCACGAGAAAGGAGAGGAGGCGCGUGGGCAGGCUCUGCUUUCUGGAAGCUUCUUCGGAAAGGAGAGCCCGUGUCCUGCGUGCUGUCCUCGGGCGGAGUCGCGUGGGGGUGUGUGUUCACGGCCGGGCACCUGGGUCCCUGGCGAGGGAUCAGUCCUGUGACUCUACCAACGGUCAGAAUGCGUCCUGAUACAUCCCUGGCGGCGAGGCUCGGUUGUGGCUUUUUAAAGAGAUUCUGCUGGACACUGUACCGCGAGCCCUCUCCAGUCAACUGUUCUGAGUGUGGCCCUCAGUCCCAAGCUCAGCCAAACAGGAAUGGUUUCUGUCAACACAUCCCUCCUCCCAAUAAAGUGUGAGGUUGGAUUUAUUUAUUUUUCCCCUUUUCUUUUGUCCUGCAAAGUCCGCGGGCAGGCCUCCCAGCCCAAAGACGGCUCUGCCCUCCCCUCUGGCUGCCUCGCCCACCUGCCCACCCUGCCCGCCUACACCGAGGGCUCCCGGCCGGCGCCCACUGGCUGUGGUGCCUACGAAAAUGACCGACACAAAAAGUUCCCCCAGCCGUGAGGCGUGUCGCUUCAAAUACACAACGCUACGUGGAGCUGCUUCCUCUCCUCCUUUGGAUUUUAGAUAAAUACCAACCAGACUCGGACCCCUAACACUGCUGUGCUGAUGGAGCCGUGGGAGCGGGGAGCCUGAUCAAAUCCUGUUUUUUUUCUGGACACAGACUGAUUAAAAAGUUAAAAAGGAAA